AUGAAUGCAGGAGCCCCCUCUGAAACGGCUCAACAAAGAGUGAAACUGAAAGAAGAGCCUUUGGUAAAUGAUGAUCAAGACAAAACAGUAAAUACAACCUCAGCACAAUGGGUGAUCCAAAUUAUGUACCUGGUGACAGCUGUGGACCUGAGCUGUAUGUUCAUGCAGAUUGGGAUUGUACCAUAUUUGGCGACCAGCCUCGGUUUGGAUGCAGUUGAAUUUGGCUACUUGCAAACAAUCUUUGGUGUUCUUCAACUUUUGGGAAGUCCCAUAUUUGGGAGAUUUGCAGACCAGUUUGGAACCAGGGCUGCCUUAACCCUUUCAUAUUUGGCUGGAUCUUUGUGCUUCUUCCUAUUGUCUGUGUCCACCAGUGUCCCGUUGCUCUUUCUUUCUAGGUGUCCAUCCAUCUUUAUGCAUGGACUACCAGGUGCCCAGAUGGUCAUAACAGAUUUAACCACUCCUGCCAAACGUGCUGAUGCUUUAGGAAAACUUGGGCUCUGUUUUGGAGUAGGAAUAAUCAUCGGAUCUUCGCUUGGUGGCACCUUGGCCACCAAUUUCGGAGUUUACUUCCCUUGCUAUGUUGCCGUAACUGGAUGCCUUCUGUGUACCGUGAUUGUCCUCAUCUUUAUUCCUGCUCAGACAAAGCCACCAGCGAAAAGAAAUGCCAUCCAACAAAGCACGUCCCAGUCCAGUAGUGUUUUUAACCUGAGAGAAAUCAUCCACUUAAUGAAGCUUCCAGGAGUAAUGGAUGUCUUUUUAAUCAAGGUGUUUUCUGGACUUCCUACAGGUGUCUUCCUGAUUAUGUUUUCCAUCAUAUCUAUCGAUUUCUUUGGCUUGGAUGCAGCUCAGUCGGGAUAUCUGAUGUCCUAUUGUGGGAUCCUUCAAAUGGUUGUCCAGGGCCUAGUCAUUGGGAGGUUAACUAGCCGCUAUACAGAGAGGACCCUACUCAUGAUGAGUGUCUUAGUCUUCUGUGGUGUUGGCAUUGGUAUGGUCCUGAUGACUAAUGUGUUCCAUUACUGCAUCAUUGUGGCGCCAAUGGUUUUCUCCUUCAGUACCAUCGGAGUCAUCACUGACAUCAUCCUGACCAAGUCUGUCCCUGCUUCUGACACAGGUGCCAUGCUGGGAAUAUGUGCUUCAGUUAUGCCACUGACGCGGACGAUAGGGCCAACAAUUGGAGGAUUUCUAUACAGAAGAUUUGGGGUCUCAUGCUUUGGCUAUUCACAGCUAGUAGUCAAUGCAUUAUUGUUUUUGUAUCUCUUGAAGAAGAGGAUCCCUCAUAAAGAAGGGAACGUGAAUUAAUGCUAUGAAUGGUGCUGAUGUGUCAUAUUCAAAUUACACUUUAGGAGGCUCAUUUUCAUUGACCUAUUUGACAGAAAAGAGACUAAUUAAAGCUAAUCCCCUUAACACGGCACAGCAUAUCAUAGAUACCAUUGAGUAAGAACUUACAGGACACCUAAAUACCCUAAAGAUAUCAAAUCCCACCUGGCCUUGACAUCUAAGCAGUCAGCUCUGGUUAAUGCUUGGAUGGGAGACCACCAAUGAACUGUACUAUAGACCAUAUUUCAGAAGAAAGACAAAACCACCUCUGAAGUUUCCUUGUCUAAGAAACCCCUAUGAAAUUCAUGGAGUUGCUAUAAGUUGACAGGAGAAUUGAAGGCACAGAAACACAGAAGAACAUAGUGUUGGCCCUGCUGCAUAAGAUCAGUGGUUUGACAGACAACCAGUUGUUUUGGGAAAGCCCACAGCCAGAACACGGGUGCAAGGACACUCUUCCUCUCAAGUUCUUUGGCAACUGCCAGAGACACGUUGCAUCUCAUGUAGGAGGUAAUAGAUAGCUGCUGUCUCUAGUAUAGUCUUUGUGUGUAGCAAUUUGAAUGCUGGACUCAGUGUUGGGAAAUCAAGGUGACUCAUGAAACUCACUGGAUGACCUUUGGCCAACCACUCCCCACCAGUCCAAUCUAACUCAGAGUUGUUGCAAGAAAAAAGAGGAGGAUGGAGAACCAAGCAUGCCAUGUUGAACUCACUGUGAAAAAAGCAGCAUAAAAAUGUAACUAAUACAUUAAAAAUAAAAGAGCAACUGAAACCUA